AAGCUCGGCCGCCAGCGCGGCGACUGAUGAGCGACAACCGCGCGCGCCGAGAGAGAAAGUCUCGAGGAGCUGCGACUCUUGGGAGGACUCGAGCGGACGCGCUUGGAUGGUUCGUUUGUUUCGAGUGACGGGAAAAAGUUUAAAUUCAUAAAUAAGGAAAAAGCGCGGGAAGAGCUUUCGAUUUGAAAAGUGUUUUCCGAUUCUUUGGCAUCGAUACAGAUAGAUAUGGAAUCGGGUAGAUGGUAUUAGAAGGAAAAGGAAAUCGGCGAGGAGUGAGAGCGAAUCGCGAGAGAUGAGUGAUGUGCGUGCACGGGGGCCUCGCGGAGGACAAUGCUAGGUUCAUCCUGCUCGCCUUCGUCCUUGCGGCUUACAUGCUCGCCGGGGCAGCGCUCUUCCAGACGCUCGAGUCCGAUCUCGAGAUUCGACAGGCCGCCGAAUUCUGGCGAGUGUACCAGGCGUUUCGACGACACCACCUGCGGGGCAGCGCUCAGGCACUGCAGCGUCUUCACGAGUUGCUCUACGCCUAUGGCAAUGCUUCGGCUAUUGGCAUAAUCAACAAGCGUAGACGCUGGGACUUUCCCGGCAGCUUUCAUUUCGUCGGCACCAUCGUGUCCACCAUAGGAUAUGGAAGCACGGCGCCGCAGACGUCAGCCGGAAAGGCAGCCGUCGUCCUCUACGGAUUUUUCGGCUGCUCUGGCGGCAUACUGUUCUUCAAUCUUUUUUUGGAACGAAUCAUCACAUUCCUGGCGUGGAUCUUGCGCAGUUUGCACUUGCGUCGGCUGAAAAAGCGUCUGCGCCAGACGACCUUGGCCAGUUCACGACGGAUAUCGCGGACGUCCAGGAACAGGGACGGCAAGAACACGUUGCCGGAUAUUCUCGACGACGAGGAGGAGGAGGUGGGACUGGAGCACUGGAAGCCAAGCGUAUACUGGGUGAUGCUGUACCUGUCACUGACGUCUUGCGCCGUCGCCUGUACUGCCGCAGCCCUCUACGCGCCUCUCGAAGGCUGGAACUACCUGGAGGCGCUCUACUUCUGCUUUGUCAGUUUUGCGACAAUCGGUUUCGGGGACUACGUUAGCACGCAGAGACCCAACUAUCCCUACGUUCACUUGUAUAGAUUUGCCAACUUCGUUUUCUUGGUGAUUGGAUGUUGCUGCAUUUACUCGCUUCUGAACGUCACUUCGAUCGUCAUCAAGCAAGGGCUGAACUACGUCAUACGAAAGUUCAAUUGCCAGAGUCGCUUCAUGGCUGCACCGCAUUUGCCGAGGCGGCGGUCAUCCGUCUCGGCGAUCUACUACACCAGGCGCCGGCCUACAAAACUGAUGCCCCGUGACUCGAUCCGUCCGGAGCACGAGCACUGCGGUCUCGACACUCCUCGCCGCAUGUCCGGUGAGCUCAUCUCCAUGAAGGAGUUUCUGUCGGCCAACAAGGUCUCGCUGGCGGUUAUGCAGAAGCAGCUCUACGAGACUGCUCACAUGCAGCACGGGGUCCUUCCACCGUCGUCACCGCCUUUGCCGCCCCUGCCUCUGCCAACUUUGCCGGCUGUCCCGCCGCGUCAUCACAGCCAGGGCCCAGGGGCCGUAGGACCCCUUGCCAUAGCCAGCGAGAAGUUCGAGGGCGCCAACUCCAAGAGCUCCAACUGCAGAUAGAGCCGAUCGUUGUGUUGAAUUUUCUCUCAGUCGUCGGCUGCACUGGAUCGUUAUGCGUGAUGUACAGUUUUUGUUGAUGAUCAUUACACUGGAGGGAUAUGAGAUUGUCGGUGCGGCACGGCCUUGCUUCUUCGUAUGUAAUUAUAAAGACUUAGGAAGAAUUACAGAUAUUUUUGAUAAAAAAAAGAGAAUCUAACGUUGAUAUAGUCGAUAAGCUUUUUCGAGAGGCUUGAGUUUUCGUCUUUCGCGCAGUCAUUAUGUUGUAUCGAGAGCUUCGCGAGCUUCAACUUGUAUAAACAGAAUUACUAUAUACAUAGAUUAUCUUUAAGAUUGUAAAAGUUGUAGGCGCAAGUGUUACAUAUGAUGAAAUAAAAUUAUAAUUAACAGAGUAAUGGUGAGACAUAAAACAACAACGCUGAGUUGGACA